AUGCCAGAGACAUCAGUACCAAAAGAGACACCAUCGAAGGUGACAGCAAACGCACUAUCCGAGCUCGACCUCACAACGUCCAGACGCAGCUUAGGCCCGACGCUGGCGAAGGAGAAUCAGCCGCAACUGGGAUCGCAUGAGAAGGUGCAUAUCAUAGACGAGAAGCAUGCGGUGGCUGACGGAGACGUGGAUGCGAAUCAGUCGUUGUCGCAGGCUGCGCGGGAGCAUCAGCAGUUCUUGAGAUCCCACCAAGUACAUCGGCACCACCUGAAAGAGCAGGAGAAGAACGAGCCGCUGCUGAUGGAGAACAAGCGGCGCUUUGUUCUCUUUCCCAUCAAGUACCACGACAUCUGGCAGGCGUACAAGCGCGCAGAAGCAUCAUUUUGGACGGCCGAAGAGAUUGAUCUUUCGAAGGACAUUCACGACUGGAACAACCGGAUGACCGAGAACGAGCGGUUCUUUAUCUCGCGAGUGCUGGCUUUUUUUGCUGCCUCUGACGGUAUCGUAAACGAAAACUUGGUGGAGAAUUUCUCCGCCGAGGUGCAGAUUCCCGAGGCCAAAUGUUUCUACGGCUUCCAGAUCAUGAUGGAAAACAUUCACUCGGAGACCUACUCGCUACUUAUCGACACUUACAUCAAGGAUCCUAAGGAGGCCGACCACCUGUUCAACGCAAUUGAGACGAUUCCUGAGAUCAAAGAAAAGGCAGAGUGGGCCAUAAGAUGGAUCCAGGACAAGGACGCGCUCUUUGCCGAAAGACUGGUCGCUUUCGCAGCUGUCGAGGGUAUCUUCUUCUCAGGCUCUUUUGCAGCCAUCUUUUGGCUAAAGAAAAAGGGUUUGAUGCCUGGUCUGACCUUUUCGAACGAGCUAAUCUGCAGAGACGAGGGGCUACAUACAGACUUUGCUUGUUUACUGUUUGCGCACCUCAACAACAAACCAGACACUGAGAUUGUAGAGAAGAUCAUCACAGAAGCUGUUGAGAUUGAGAAGCGCUACUUCCAGGAUGCAAUUCCUGUUGCGCUUCUUGGAAUGAAUUCCAGCUUGAUGAACCAGUAUGUCGAAUUUGUUGCCGACCGCUUGCUUGUAGCGCUGGGCAAUAAAAAGUACUACAACGUUUCCAAUCCGUUUGAUUUUAUGGAGAAUAUCUCGUUAGCUGGCAAAACAAACUUCUUCGAGAAGCGUGUUUCUGAUUACCAGAAGGCCGGUGUGAUGGCUAAAUCAACUAAGCAGGAGUCAGAAAGCGGUGCGUUUACCUUCGAUGAGGACUUCUAA